CGCGUCUACUGGCGCCUACUUGGUGAUCCGCUCUGAACUGGGACGUUCGGUCGGUCGGAUGGUCUUCGUUAUGAUUUGCCUGUGGUGGGUUGCUAUGCUAUGCACACAGCUCGGAGCGUUCCUCCUAGGCCAUCUCUGGCGCUUUGAUCGAUUCAAGUGUCUUCGAUGGUCGAAUUCACCCUAUUCCGGCGCAUUCAAGCGCAUCAUGACGUACACAUACCUAAUAACGAUACCGCUCAUAAUGAUAUAUUCGUUUGGGUUUGCGUAUAUAAAGUAUAAGGAAGGGUAUAUAGACGUUGGUGGAGGGAUCUUCCCGAAACCGUAUACGUUUUGGAGACCUGCGUAUAGGAAGGCGAUAUUCCCGCUUAUGAUGGUCUUUUCGUUUUCGUGGUCGUUUGAGAUGGUAACACAUCUCGAAGAACUCUGUUUUUGGUACUUCCUCAUCACAGCUGGACCUGCUCAACCCGACUGGUUCCACAGUCCGUAUUUCAGGUUAUGGAUCGGAGGGAGUAUCAGUGCGAUCAUCUAUGUUCCUGUUGUGACCAUUGUGUACCGGAAUAAUCCAUUAGGCUGCGAAGCUCGGAUGUUCACGGCUGGAAGCGUUGGUGACCUUGCGCUCACCCUUGGGUUCAUCCCGAUCUUGUUGCGAUUCCCGGAUUUCAUUCAGAAAGUAAAAGCGGAAGGAGUCGACUCAUCAAUCAUUGUACGGCUGCGAAAGUUCUAUGAGCUUAACGUUAUUCGUAUCAUCUUUCGCUUCUUGAUGCAGAUCCCAUUAUUCGCGCUCGGAGUUGAUGGCUUGAAGCCUCAUGAUCACGAGCUGAACGAAUCCUUAUUCUGGACGGACUUGCUGAGUACAGUCGCUGCACUGGGAUGUGCGUUCUCUUCCGUCUGUACCCUUCUCAUAUUCUUUCCACGUUCCUACGAAGCCGAAUACCAAGCCAAAGAAGCUUCAUUACAACGAUCAGCAUACACUCUCUCCUCUCGUCAACUACACGAACCCAACCCCGCAUAUUCAUUCAACGAAUACAACGAAUCCGGAGAAGGCGUAGACCCAGCGCUCAGCCUCAACAAAUCAGCAACGUUUAACACGAAUGACGGUGACGCCUCAGAUAUGGACCCGUUCGAGGACGAAGAGGACAUGAAAUACGAGCGUGUUGAACGGAGGGUUGGUGCUGGGGUUGUGAAAGAGCGAUGGGGGACGAGGUUAAGAGAUCGGGAGAGGAAGUUGAUGAAUAGUACGAAGAGGAUGGGAGUUGGGUUGCAUGAUGCGUUGUCGAGACGUCUAACGCGGUUACAACUCGCUGUUCCGCGAAGAAGGCAUACGGAUUCGGAUAGAUCUGUGUCACUUUCGUUUGGUUUACCAUCACUUUCGCACCUCCAGCGGGAAGUGACGCGGCGGGCUGUACCUAGUGCACGUUCUGCAAGGAAGAGGAGUGAUAUCACGACAGUACAUGACGAGGAACAGGGUCAGCUGGAAGAGGGCGCGACGGGGUUGAAGAGGAAACCGACCUAUCUCUUAACUGACUCACCGGUGCUACGAGCAAGGAUUCGUGAAAGGGAGAGACAAAACCUAGCUCAAGGAAACGGACAAACAGCGAGCGCGUCUGUAGAAACGCUAAGUGCAGCAUACGCCGCAGGUGUCGGGAGUGGCUACCAGGAACUAGCUGGGUCGGAAUAUGGGCUUGGUUAUGGACACGGCCUUGGCUUGAACGCGAAGAAUCCGUUUGUUUCGGGGGAUGACCAGGGGCAUGGACAGGGAACGAUUGACUUGGUCGUUGGUUCGCCAAGGGAAGAUGACAAUGCUGAUGUGGAGGAACUUGAACUCGAUUCUUCUGCACCUCCACCGCCUGGCCAUGCAGCAACUCCAGUAACAGCUACACCGCUUCUUAAAAGUCCAACGAUCACGUCGAAACCUCCUCCGUCCAGUAUGCCAACACAUACUCACGUACACGGACCCCGACCUUUAAAGAAGUCAAGUUCGUUAAGCACGAACGCAACAGCCCGACGAGCGUUACCAACUCCACCUACGACCGCUAGUACAGGAAUGAUAAUCGGGACAGGAGACCCACUGGGAGCCGCCCCCGGGUAUGCAUCCCCCGCUGACUUGAUUACCUUCCCGCAAACAACGAGUCCCAUUCGUCUCGACGAUCCUAAUACGAACCUGAGUCCUGGAAUAAAAGGCACGGACAAGACGAAAGACGUUUUACCCGAACCAGUUAUGACGAUCGGACAUCCCUACGCAACUGCAGCAGCUUAUUCCAGCUCAUCUGUUCCGUCUAAUCUAGCGGUCAUAAAUGGUGAGCGAGAACCGGGACGAGAGCAGGAUGCCACCAUCGUUCAUGUUCAGGGUGAUCAACACGUAAACAAGAUGAAUACGAAUACGAAUACGAUGCCGGUACUACCCCGUUCGGCAACAGUCAUGCGAGAGCAAAGUGAUGCCCCUGCUGUAACUAUCACUCCAGGGUUCGACACUACCCGAGGGACGACGCGCGACCGUGCGCGGAGAACGAAACUAGCACAUUCGAGGAAUGGUAUAGGUCAUAACGGAAUCGGAAAUGGCGGGUCAGGGAAUAUUAAUAUUAUUUCACCUGGAGGAGGAGGGAUACGAGGACAAGGACUAACAGUGGCGAACGUAUCGCGACAUAAUAGUAUAGUAGCUCAUACGUCGCAGAUUAACCCGCUCGUGAGGACGUUUACUUCGCCAAUUGAUUUCCUCGACCGGGCUCAUGAAACGAAUGGGAACGGGCCUAUUGACUGGUCUCAGAUCGGACGUGCCGUCUGAACUGAAAAACCCAUCCUUUCGUCACAUAUUUCACUCAUGUUUUCCCAUCCAAUGAUCUCAACUCUUGCGUUUUCUUGGUUUAGUUUGUCACAAAAUCACAUUCGUCGUGCUUCUCAACACCUCGACGCACUCCAACAUCAGGAAUUUUCCAACUUGCAUAUAUGAUUAUUCACGAUAACUUAUAUCGUCUACUAUUUGAUUAUUACCUUCACUUCUUUCAAACUCAUUUUCUGGAUGUGCUUUGUUGAUUUCCACAGCUUUGCUCUCUCCUUCAUUUUUCGGUUUACAUACGUUGAAAUUGUACAAUGCACUCAUUUAUUUGUUUAGUUUAGUUUACUGUACUCUUCGUGUAUAUGUAUUAUCAAUGGUACUUUACAC